CCCACAUUUCCUUAUUGUCCAAUGGGAGAGCACGUUAUUUUGUUGUCAAACGUGCGCUGACAACUGAACGGAACUAUCCACAGAGGCUAUCCACUAGACAGCCACAUAACGAGAUGGAGGUGGAGCAGCUCCUGUCUCUGUCGGGCCCUGCCCUGGCCCAGGCUGUCAGCUCUCUGUUGGAGACCCCAGGCCUCUACGUCUUCUCUGACAUCCUCGAGCUGCCUAACGUCAAGGAGCUGGAGAACGGCCCUCAUGCUCCAGUGUACCAGCUCCUCAACCUCUUUGCCUAUGGGACCUACUGCGACUACAAAGAGCGGGCCGCAUCUCUUCCCGAGCUGACACCAGCGCAGAAGAACAAACUCCGCCACCUGUCCAUAAUGAGCCUGGCGUCCAACCUCAAGUGCCUGCCCUACUCGUUGCUGCUGCAGCAGCUGGAGCUGAAGAACGUGCGUGAGCUGGAGGACCUGCUGAUCGACGCUGUGUACUGCGACAUCAUCCAGGGCAAGCUGGACCAGAGGAACCAGCAGGUGGAGGUGGACUGCAGCGUGGGUCGGGACCUCGGCCCCAACGAGCUCCCCAACAUCGUCAACACACUGCAGGAGUGGUGUACAGGGUGUGAAGCCGUGCUGUGUGGAAUAGAGGAGCAGGUGACCAGGGCCAACCAGUACAGAGAGAGCCAGCUCAAGGUCAAAGUUCAGGUGGAAACCGAGGUUUCCAAUUUACAGAAAACAUUAAAGGCUAGCUCAGCCUCACCAUCCUCUGGCCCCGCUCCUGCUGGCGCUGCGUCCAAUCAGGACGCAGACCAGCCAGCAGAGCCAAGAGACCCCGCAUCCUCUCAGGAACCACGACAGCCGGGCAAAAAAAGUUCCAAGGUUAAAGGGCUGCGCGGCAGUGGGAAGAUCUGGUCUAAGUCUAAUUGAAGGUGGCGGUGCCCCCCCACCCCACCCCCGAGACACCGGCACUGAUGCUUCUUUUCACUGGUUUACAGACACGGGGACAUGACACACUGACAGAGACGGACGGAUGAGAAACAAAACUAAAAAAACACAAAAAAAAAGUCAUACGGACGAUGUGAUCAUUCCUGAUGGAAGGCCCCUCCCCCUUAUCUACCCGAUAUUCACCACCACGAAGACCGGAGAGAAAUCGAAAGCCCAAAAAUAAGCAAGGAUCGCUCAAAGAAUUUGUAUUUUAUUUUUAUUUUUUUUUAACUUUCUGUCAACCUCCUUCCCCUUUUUCCCCUCCUCCAGAGUCUCCCAAUGAUAAGUAAGCAAAAUGAGAAUGACAGGUGUGACAGCGGUGUUGUGCAGUUGACAGCGGCGUUGGCAGGCAGUGUGCCUGGGACGCACCCUGGGUAAAUUGUACACCGCGAGAGUGUCACUGGCGGGCAGCGUGCGUCUGGCCCAUGGAACCGCAGAGGCUUGGAUCUGGAUGAUGAUUGGUUUAAGCCACAGACCACCACCAUUACCAACCACCACCACCACCAACCGGAUCAGUGCGUGUGUUGUGAUGCAUAUAUGUUUUAUCUGUGUGAUGGAAACGGACUGGGUGCAGAUUUAACGAUAUGCGAUUUAUUGUUUGUAUAUUUUCAUUGUCUUUCUUUCUGCUAAGUUGGGACAUGUGUAAAAUAAAAGUGGGGAAAUAAACGAAGGACCCUGUA